AUGACCAACUUCCCCGACCACACCAAGCUGCAAACUCCAUACUCUCACCGGCGCCAUGGGAGCACCACAACAUGCUACCUGUCGCUACGAGUCGCUAAAAGGUUCUCCUCUUCGUUCUCCGGUGAGAAAACGCUGCCUCCAAACUUACUGCUGCCCUCCAACCUCAUCGAUCCCGAGAGAUUAAAGCGCUCUCCUCCCCCCGCAGACUGCUCCCUGCCCCUGCUCAGGUGGUGCGACGCCGUGGUUCCCGCCCACCUGAGGCCUGUGCAGACAUGGGUGGACACUCUGGGGAGGAAGGACAGCGAGCCGCUGGGUCUGGCUCAGCUCCACCCGGACGUCUUCGCAGUGCAGCCGAGGCUCGAUGUUCUACACAGUGUUGAAAUAUGGCGGCCGUUGGCUAAGUCGGUCCGGACUUGCCAGAUGAGCUCUUUGCGCUUCUUCUCUGUAGGCGGGAUGUAGGUGUUGGGCACAAGAACAUUCCGAGGCUUGGUCUGAAAUGAUAUAAAAACAGCUUUAGCUGCUUUUCCAAAUCACUGGGUCAGGUUUGUCUGCGUCAUGAAGACGGCAUCACCUGGUCCGCUCUCUUUUCAGUCGCUUUCAUACUUCAUACCAGCGGUUCUGGCUCUUGGACUUACCGUCAGUGUGUUAGAAGUCGAUCUGUGACUUUUAUCUGAAAACUGUCUGCAGAGCAUGAAGCCCAGCGAUUAAGACGACAUCUUGAGACUCCCAUUAAAAAAUAAAAGUUACUGGUACCACAAGCAGGAAAUAAAACUAAAAAAAAAAAAAAAAAAAAAAAUGCCUUACAGCAUUGGCACCCA